AUGGCAGCGUGGAGCUGGUUGUAUGCGCUUGCGCUAAUUGUGGCGGUCGCCGCCCAGGGACCUGAAAAACGGAGAACAGGAAACGUUUGUAACGUGGACAUCGAUUGUCCAGACAACGCUUUCUGCAGACAGAGCAGCUACUGCGUAUGCAAGGAUGGCUUCGUGUACGCUGCUAUCAACAGCACGCAUAAAGGCUGUUUGAAAGAGGCACACAAUGGCGAGGAAUGUGUCCAGCACAUCCAGUGUCACUCGACGAUGGGUCUGCACUCCGAGUGCGCUAACGGCGUGUGCGCCUGCCUGGCCACCGCGCACCUUGAAACCGACCGCUGUUACGAAACUGCGGUAAUUGGAGAACGUUGCGUGGUGGAUCAGAACUGCUAUCUAGGGGAUCCCACCGGCGAACGUCAGGCGUUCUGCGUACGAGGCUACUGCACCUGCCAGCUGCAGUAUAGUCCUAGAGAUAAUGGGACACGAUGUGUAAGAGACGCGGUGCUGGGCGAGGAGUGUGAAGAUCAGUUACAGUGCGCAGGAGUCGGGCUCGAGUGCCGCGGGACUUGCCGCUGCAGAAACAACUGGGUUGCGUUCAAAGACAUCAACGCGUGUGUUGAGUCCGCAAAAGCCCUUGACGCUCCUUGCCAGUACGACGUCCAGUGCGACGCGCUGGCCGGCGCCACCGACGCGCCGUCCCCGGGCGCCGCGCUCUGUCUGGGCGGUACUUGCGCCUGUGCGUACGACGCGCGCGUUGCGGGGACUCCCCCGCGCUGCUGGCGACGAAAACGACCAGGACAGGAGUGCAGCCGGGAUGAGGAAUGCGUGUCUGAAGAAGACGAACCAGGAUAUUGCCUGUCCGGACGUUGCACUUGUAAGACUUGCUCGCCAGAUGCCAAUGACUUUGGUGGAGCGAACACAGUAACACCUCACGUGGCAACUGCCAUUUUGUUCGUCGCCGCCAUCUUUGUCCAUUAGCAGCUAUUUUGUGACAAUCCAAGUACCGCCAUCUUGUUGUUGUUUACCGUGGCACGUUCUGAAUUUCAAAACUGGCAGUCACGAAAAAGAUAGCGCUAUCUGUAAAUGAAAGCAAUUCCAGUGUAAACAUUAAGAACCAAUAAGAACAAUUAAAAAAAAUCUAUAAUAAUAUUGAGUUCCUUUUAAACUUAUUCUUUUAUAAAUGUUAAA